AAGAAUAUAAUAAUCACACCGGAAAAAAUGGUCCGCCCUUUUACUCUACUCCAACCCUCUCCGCUUACGGCGGCCGACUUGUAGCAAGUCAACCGCCACGGCGGCGCACUUUUCUUGAAUCCACAAAAAAAAAGAGAGAGAUUAAAUGCUUUUCGCCGUGUUUCUCGCCGUCUUCCUGCCAUGCGCCGGCAUGUCCGUAGUGUUGAUUGUGUACUGCUGCAUGCUCUGGUACGCCGCCACCUACCCCGACGACGUCGGCGGAGACUCCGCCGCCGAGGAGGCGGUGAAGGACAACCAGCCGAGCGGCCUCUCCCCGACGCAGCUCCAGAAGCUGCCGAGCGUCACGGGGAAGGAUUUGGUUCUGGGCGAAGAUUGCGCGGUUUGCUUAGACGUCAUUGGGGCCGACGAACCGGCUCGGCUCGUUCCGGGCUGCAACCACGGCUUCCACGUGGAAUGCGCAGACACCUGGCUCGCUAGGAACCCGGCCUGCCCGGUUUGCAGAAACUGGCUCGGACCGGAACUAUUUGACCCGCCCGAAGCUAAUCCAUGCUGAACUAUAUACCAACCAAUCACGUGCGGCAAAUGUGUUUCACGCUAUCAUUAUUGUGGGAACUUCGGCUGGAUCAAGAAAAUUGGGCUUGGGCCGCGGGGAAAGGCCCUUUACUGUUUUUUGGUUUAAUGGUAAGAAAAAAUAAUAUUACGAGAGUAUGUAACCUUGUAUUAUACGUAGUACUUCAUAUUUUUAGCCCCAUGAACCCAUAUUAAUUUUAAGAGGUAUCGUAAAUUCAAACUUUAUUUUUUUUACUUUGAACCCCUACGGUUGUAGAAAUUCUUACAACUCUAUCCUGUAAAUCUUACUACUAGGCGUUCUGAAAUUAAUUAGAAUAUUUUUG